CAGCAGAAUGGAGGAUCGUUUUCUACUGUGGCUGCUCUGUUUGGUCUCACAGCUGUACGGCACAACAAACCAAGCUCGUCUGACUGUGAGCUCCAGCUACUCUCAGCUGUUUGAGGGCGGCUUUUUGUCUCUGAGCUGUGAGGGGGGGGGCAGCUCUGCUGGAUGGACUCUGAGGAGGAGCACGACCAAACGACAGAGGGCUCUGUGUGGAGAUGGGUGGGGAAAACAAGCUGAUUCUUCUUGUACCAUCUCCUACAUCUUCAGACGGGACAGCGGUGUUUACUGGUGUGAGUCCAGAGAGGGAGUAAACAGUAGCACCAUCAGCAUCACUGUGACUGGUGGAUCAGUGAUCCUGCAGAGUCCCGUCCUCCCUGUGAUGGAGGGAGAUGACGUCACUCUGCGCUGUAAAUCUAAGACCUCACCUUCAAACCCCCAAGCUGCUUUCUAUAAAGAUGGCUCCCUCAUCAGGAACGAGCCUACGGGUCACAUGACCAUCCACCAUGUUUCCAGGUCUGAUGAAGGCCUCUACAAGUGUAACAUCAGUCCUCAUGGAGAGUCUCCAUCCAGCUGGAUCACUGUUACAGGUAAACCUACAACCACAGCCCCGCCUUCUACAUUAGCCCCACCGACCACAUCAUCCCCGCCCACUACAUCAUCUCCAUCUUCUGCCUCAACUGUGCUUUUUGUCUCAGCCCCACUGACUUCACCAAUCCCAUCCACUGCCAUGGCUUCUCCUUCUACAGCUCCGCCGGCUGUUUCAGCUCCACCCCCUCUCUCCACCCACCUGCAGCUUAUGAUCAGAGUGGUCUGCCACCUGGUGGUGUUCUGCCCAUAUUUCAUCUCCACUGCGCUGAUGGUGUCUUUAUAUCGACAAAGGCCCUCAGCAACAGCACCACACACCCAUGCUGUGCAGAAACUGGCCGAGGACGUUGUCAUCAUGGAGGUCACCACCGAGCAUCAGCUCUAAUCACACACAUAUAUUAAAAUAUAAC